CCAGCUUCUCGACCCGGUUCUGCUCAGAGGAUUUCAUGGCGGCCGCGGCGCUUAUGGACCGGGCUCAGGGCUGUGUGACCUUCGAGGAUGUGUUCGUGUACUUCUCCCGGGAGGAGUGGGAGCUCCUUGAGGAAUCUCAGAGACUUCUGUACCGUGAUGUGAUGCUGGAGAACUUUGCACUUGUGGCCUCGCUGGGUUGUUGGUGUGAAGCAGACAAUGAGGAGGCCCCUUCUGAGCAGAGCGUUUUUGUAGAAGGAGUGUCAGAGGUCAGGAAUCCUGAGUCAUGUCCAUUUAUCCAGAAAGCCCAGCCGUGUGAGAUAUGUGACCCACUCUUGAAAGACAUUUUGCACCUGGCUGAACACCAGGGAUCAUGCCCUGCACAGAAACUGUACACAUGUGACCCCUGUGGGCAAGGAUUCCUGUUCAGUGAAAAGUUUUAUCAGCACCAGAAGCAAUAUAGUGGGAAGAAUCCUGUCAGAAGGGGUGAUGAUGGGGCCUCACUUGUGAAGAGCUGUGCUGUCCACAUGUUAGGGAGACCUUUUACUUGCAGGGGGGAAGGGAUGGACUUGCCGGAUAGCUCUGGCCUGUUCCAGUACCAGAGCACUUACAAUGGAAUGAGUCCAUGCAGAAGGGCUGAGUUCAUGGAGCCUUUUCCACAAAGCUCCAGACUCGGGCGACACCAGGGAGACCAUGAUGAACUGAUGCUUCUCAAUUGCAGUGACAAUGGGAAAGCCUUCCUGAACACCUUCACACUCCUUGACAACCAGAUAACUCAGGCUGAAGUGCGAGCUUUUAGGUGCCUACCAUGUGGAAAUCUGUCCAAGGAGAAAUCAGUUCUUAUUCAUCACACAAAAAUUCAUAGUGGAGAAACAUCACAUGUGUGUAAGGAAUGUGGAAAGGCCUUCAUUCACCUGUCUCACCUAAAAACCCACCAGAAAUUUCACAAUGGAAAAAGACAAUAUACAUGCAGUGAAUGUGGGAAGGCCUUCAGCCGCAAAGACACACUUGUACAACACCAGAGAGUCCACACUGGAGAAAGGUCUUAUGACUGCAGCGAAUGUGGAAAAGCCUACAGCAGAAGCUCCCACCUUGUUCAGCACCAGAGAAUUCACACCGGAGAAAGGCCUUAUAAGUGCAGUGAAUGUGGAAAAGCUUUUAGCCGUAAAGACACACUUGUUCAGCACCAGAGAUUUCAUACUGGAGAAAGGCCUUAUGAGUGCAGUGAAUGUGGGAAAUUCUUUAGCCAAAGCUCUCACCUUAUUGAGCACUGGAGAAUUCACACUGGGGCAAGGCCUUAUGAGUGCAUAGAAUGUGGAAAGUUCUUUAGCCAUAACUCCAGCCUCAUUAAACAUAGGAGAGUCCACACAGGAGCAAGGUCUUAUGUGUGUGGCAAAUGUGGGAAGGCUUUUGGCUGCAAAGACACACUUGUUCAGCACCAGAUAAUUCACACUGGAGCAAGGCCUUAUGAGUGCAGUGAGUGUGGAAAGGCCUUCAGCCGUAAAGACACACUUGUACAACACCGGAAAAUCCACACUGGAGAAAGGCCUUAUGAGUGUGGCGAAUGUGGAAAAUUCUUUAGCCAUAGCUCCAACCUCAUUGUGCAUCAGAGAAUUCACACUGGAGCGAAGCCUUAUGAGUGCAGUGAAUGUGGGAAAUGCUUUAGCCACAACUCCAGCCUCAUUCUACACCAGAGGGUUCACAGUGGAGCAAGGCCUUAUGUGUGUAGUGAAUGUGGUAAAGCCUACAUUAGUAGCUCCCACCUUGUUCAGCACAAGAAAGUUCACACUGGAGUGAGGCCUUAUAAGUGCAGUGAAUGUGGGAAAUUCUUUAGCCGCAAUUCUAGCCUCAUCCUUCACCAGAGGGUUCACACUGGAGAGAAACCUUACGUGUGCAGUGAAUGUGGGAAAGCCUAUAGCAGAAGCUCCCAUCUUGUUCGGCACCAGAAAGUUCACACUGGCGAAGGGCCUCAUGAAUGCAACAGCUUUGAUGGCCCUUUAGCUGCAUCUGUUACACUUGUUUAGCAGCCAGAAAGUUCACACUAGAAAAAGGCCUUAUGAAUGCAGAAAAUGUGCUGUAUCCUUGUUCAAGUUAUUAGAACUCACACUAGAGAAGAG